AUGCCUUCCCAGAAAGAAGGCGGGCCCGAUGGGGGUCCCUACGGUGGGUCCUCAGCGGACCUUUCCGUGGAGUCCGUCGAUGCGUUUCUGAACGAAGUGACGCAGCUGCUGCUGAGGGCCCCCCACGGGACUGCAGCAGCAGCAGCAGCAGCAAAAGGCGUGUGGGACUACGACCUCGGGAGCCUCCUGUCUGACUUCCUGCGCCUAACUGAGGAAGGCCUCAUAGAAAUGGAGCAUGCUGGGGAGGGGCCCCCCGAGGGGUCCCCUGCUGCUGCUCUAUCUCCACGGGAGGGGGCCCCCACCACCCCGGGGGCCCCCGCCCACACAAUGAAGUUCUCUCACGCUGCAAUGCUGGUGGAGAGAUCAGCAGCUGUUUGGGGCCUCCGCAUAGAAAAGCUGCAUGCGCUGGCGUUUAAUCUGCUGCAGCACGCGCAGCAGCAGCAGCAGCAGCAAAGGCUCGAAGGCAACCCUCAGGGGCGCACCGGGGCCUCCGCAGCUACACACCUCUCGCUGCAGCAGCUCAGACAACAGGCGCUGCAGCAGCUGGGAUCGGCUCCCUGUUUGCUCCUACCAGAGCCCCCUCCAGUGCUUCGCAAAGAGGGGCCCCCCGGGACCCAGGGGCCCCGGGCCCCUGACCUUGUUCAGUUGCCUGCAGUUCUAAGGGGCCCCUCAGCAGUGGCAGCAAGACAGCGGGAUGAGGGGGCUGCUGCACAGCCGGCAGAGGGGCCGCUGGGGGCCCCCGGAUCCACAGACUCAGCAGCAGCAGCAGCAGCGAGUGUGGAUGCAGACGAAGGCCCCAGGACUGCCUACAAUGAGCUGAGGGAGUUGCGGGUAAGUGCAAAGGAUGAGGUAGCAGCAAUUCCUUUCGGGGCAGAGCAGGCACACGAUUUCAGCCAGCAGCCAUCUUGCAUUGCUGCUGCUGCUGCUGCUGCCACUGCUGCUGCUGCUGCUGCUGCUGUUGUUUGGGGCCUCCAGGUGACGAGCCUCAAGGUGCACAGAGAAACAGGGGGCAUCCUGGCCACUUCUUCAGACGCGGCGGCUUACUUCGACUUGUGUGAAGGGGGCCCCUGCCGCGCCCAGAAGAGUGGCUCCCAGGGGGCCCUCGGGGGGCCCCCAGGGGGCGCCGCCCGCUCUUUGCUGCAGUCUGCUGCAGCAGCAGAGAUCGGCGACAGCUGGGAAGAGUACCCAGACUUCUUUUCUGCAUGUGACCCUGCAGUGGCCCCAGAGCCAGAGGCGCAGGGGCCCCCUGCUGCUGCUGCUCAAGGGGAGCUUAAGGAAGGUUUCCCUGCAGCAGCUGCAUCACAGCUGAGGGGCCCCCCUGGCUUCCCUGGGCCUCCUCAGGCGGCGGCUGGGGGCCCCCAAGGGGCCCCCACUCCCCAGAACCCCCCCGCCCCUGACUGCUGGGUGCAGCAGCUGCUGCAGGAGUCUCGAGGGGCCCCCCAGGAGGCCCUUUGGUGCUCAGCUUCUGUCGACAUGCCGGAGCUGCGGGCUGCUCUUGGCCUUCCGGAAGAAGUGCCCCAGGGGGCCCUCUUUGGGGCCUCGGGGGCCCCCCCGGGGCCACCCCUGCACCGCCUUGCCUUCCUUAACUUUCUCUAUGACGACUUCUUGGGGGCCCCUCUAACCCCGCAUUCUGAUGAAGGGCUCACGGGGGGCCUCUCGGCUUCAGCCCGCCUCCACGUAGAGUUCCUAAUGGCAAGGCAAAGGCUAAGGGCCCUUCCGCGCAGCGGGGGCCCCGCGGGGCCCCUCACUGCCAUUGUGCUGCAGCAGCUGCUCCAGGGGGCAACAGCCUGGGGGGCAGGAGCCCCCCAGGGGCCCCCCAGAGACCCCAAGAGGCGCUGCCGAGACUUCCUCAUGAGUUUGCCCACGACCUGCGAAGAUCCCAAAGAGAAUCAGGGGCCCCGGGGGGGCCCCACCUGGCGGGCCCCUCCCGCCAGCAUCCUGGGGAGCCCGGCAGAGGACUUGCUGCAGCAGGACCCCGGAGCUGCACUUUUAGUUCACAGGGCCUCCACAAAGGAGGGGCAGGGGGCCCUUCUGAGGGGUUUCUGGCCCCCGCCGCCGCCCUGGCUGUCCCAGGAGGGGGGGCCCUGCGGCAAGCCGGGGGCCCCCCUGGGGGGCCUCCCCUACAGCACGCUCCCAGGGUACCCUAACAUUAGAAUGCCCACGGCCCCCCACGCCCGCCUGCUUGGGCAGUUGUUUUGUCCCCCCCUGAAUUCUCAGCAGCAGCAGCAGCAGCAGCAACGGCUCCAGUGGAUGCAGCGGUGGAGGUGGGCCGACGACUUGCUGCUGCUGAGACUGAGAGAAUGCCUCUUGGCAAGGAAGCAAGCUCUCAGGCUGCAGGUAGGACAGGCCCUUCUGAAUCCCCAGCCCUUGGCUUUAUUUAGAAUGCCUACACUGAGGGCAGGAUAUAUAAUUCGGGGCACUACAGAAGCAGCAACUCCUGCUGCUGAUGCCGCUUCUGCUGCUGCGGGCGGGCUGGUUGCUUCUGACUCUGCUGCUUCUGCAGCACCCACUGCAAGAUGGCUGCUGCUGCUGCCGGUGCUGCUGCUGUGGCUGCAGCGGGCAGCCUGCAGGCGACAAGCCCGGUUGGUGCUUCCGCGGGUGCGCGUUCUGAGUUCCUCUGCAGCAGCGGCAGCAGCAACAGCAGCAGCAGAAGCAGCGGCAGCAGCCGAAGCAGCGGCGGCAGCAGCAGCAGCGGCACAGGCAGAAGCUGCUGCAGCAGAGGAGUCGUUACUAGUGCUAGAGGGAGAAGGAGACGACGAGCCGUUUGCCGACGCAUUCGAAGAGGAUGCCGAUGCCUCCACUUGUGGGGAGCUGCGUUUGAGUGCAAAGGAAACAGCAGCAAUAGAAGAGGAGAUUCGCCGGGCUCAGCGCGAGCGCCUGGCGGAGCUGAACGCAGCAGCUGCUGCAGCAGCUAAACACGCAGAAGGGGGCCCAGCAGCUGCAGCAGCAGCAGACGAAGAACUCGCCAUACAAAUGAGGGUGGCCCGCUGGAACGCAUACUUAGAGGACCGUUUGCUGACUCUGCAGUCUGUCCCUUCUUUCGAUAUUCGGGCCAGCGAACAGUCUUUACUUAGGGACGCCCUCCGCCUGCAGCAGCAGCAGCAGCAGCAGCAGCAGCAAACGCCUGUGUCUGCUGCAGGCGCAGAGGCGUCCAGCGAGGCGCCUGCUACUGCUGCUGCGUCUCCUGAGGCAGCUGAGCCAGUAUCAAGCAGCAGCAACAGCAGCAGCAGCAGGCCUAUUGCCACAUUUGCUUCUCUAGUUCGGGGAAAGCCCCGAUAUGAAAUUUGCCGGGCCUUUCUCACGACGCUUAUGCUCACAAACGCCCGAAAAGUCUCCAUCCUCCACGAGACCAACGAUGCAGAUGAAGACCCAAGUGAGACAGGCGCGAAAGGGCACAACAACGAAGCAUCAGACUUCAGCAUACAACUUCUUCUUUCGCCGAAACAGAUCGAGAGCGUCCUCUCCACGGAGUGA